CACUGCCGGCCUAUGGUCAGCCUGUGAGUCACCAAGACGUUGAUGCUUCACCUCAUUAAUUUCUUUCCAAUAACUACGCACGGCUUCUUUUGCAGCUGCAUCAUGUAAACAUUUAGUUUACAGGGGAACCUUUUUCCACUCAGAUGUCAAUGUGCUCCGCAGCAGAGGGCCUCCGAGAGGAGCGCUCGUGCAUAGCCGUGCCACAGGCUGGAGCGCCCCGAGCAGCCCCGGGGCGCCUCGGCUGGGGCCGGCCGAGCUCCGCCUCGCUCCGGCCCUGUCCCGGCCACACACGCCCGGAACUGCCACGGGAAGCGGCGCCCAUUUCCCGUCCUCGCCUGGCGCUUCCGGGUCGCGCGCCGGAUUCCUCUGGAGGCGGCGACGCGGGAGCUGCGGGGCGGGCGGCGGUUCCCGUCCUCCUCCUCCUCCUCCUCUUCAUCUUCCUCCUCGUCCUGGUGCCGCUCGUGGCCGCCGCGGGCUGUCCCGGGUUUAAGUUUGUUUUAUCAUACAAGUUCCUCACUGCCAUAAUGAGGCUAGUAAUUCUUGAAGAUUAUGAUCAGGCUAGUGAAUGGGCAGCCAAAUACAUCUGUAAUCGUAUUAUCCAAUUCAAGCCAAAUCAAGGAAGAUAUUUCACGCUUGGUCUACCAACAGGCAAUACACCUUUGGGAUGCUACAAAAAGCUGAUAGAAUAUCACAAAAAUGGAGAUCUCUCUUUCAAAUAUGUAAAGACUUUCAACAUGGAUGAGUAUGUAGGACUUCCCAGAAAUCAUCCAGAGAGCUAUCACUCCUAUAUGUGGAAUAACUUCUUUAAGCAUAUUGACAUAGAUCCGAAUAAUGCUCACAUCCUUGAUGGAAAUGCACCAGACUUACAGGCGGAAUGUGAUGCAUUUGAAAAGAAAAUUGAAGAAGCAGGGGGGAUUGAUCUGUUUGUUGGAGGCAUUGGUCCAGAUGGCCACAUUGCAUUCAAUGAACCCGGAUCAAGUUUGUCUUCAAGGACAAGAUUAAAGACUUUAGCGAUGGACACCAUUUUGGCAAAUGCUAAAUACUUUGAUGGAGACUUAUCUAAAGUACCAACUAUGGCGCUAACAGUUGGUGUGGGUACAGUGAUGGAUGCUAGAGAAGUGAUGAUUCUUAUAACAGGUGCACACAAGGCUUUUGCAUUGUACAAAGCAAUUGAAGAAGGAGUCAAUCAUAUGUGGACAGUUUCUGCUUUCCAGCAACACCCUCGCACUAUCUUUGUGUGUGAUGAAGAUGCUACUUUAGAACUAAGAGUUAAAACUGUGAAGUACUUUAAAGGAUUUAAAUAUUCUUCAUUAAGUAAGACAGAAGCAAUACUUUGUAACCAUUUUUCAUGCAUCUAGGAAGUGAGUAAUUAUUUCCUUUUCAUUUCCCCUUUUUAGAUGAGGAAAAUAUUGGUAGAAAGUUCAGUGUUUUAAAGCUCACAACAUGUUUCUAGUUUGCUUAGUGUAUGCAGCUGUUACUCUUUCUGGACAAAUGACUUUUAUGUCAAAUGUAUACUUAAGUUUUUGUCACUGUUAAGCUGAAAAAAUAUUAGACUUGAUCUAACAUCUGUAUUUUAUAUUAAAUAAUCACAUAGUGAUUAGUAAUAGAUGCUGCAUAAGAUGCCUUUUUUUAUGGUCACCUACAGUAAUGACCUUAAGAUUGUAUAGUUAACUCAAAUUUCAUGUUGCUGCAGUGACAUUAAGGUUGCCACCAGCUGCAUCAUUUAGCAAAGGUAUUUGAAUAUUCUUUGCCAUAGACACUAAAAUACGCAGUACUGUGAGAUUUCUUUCAUGGUUUUUAAGAAAACUACUUUUAGUGUUGCAUAUUUUAAUUUUAGAAGCUAAAUUUUUAGUUCAGUACUAAAAUGGACUUUUACUUUGCAGAUUGUGAAUACUGAUCAUUAUUGUUAUUAGUCCUCAAGGUGAAAUGAGGUUAAAAACCUGCCAGUGAUCCAAUGUCAUACAUACCUAGAUGUAGGCAACAUUUUUACUAAGUUAGAGCAAAGUUAAGAAGGAAGUAUCUUUUUCAUUAAUUGCACUUCAGCAUUUUCUAGAAUUAAAGUAGUUGAAGAGGAAACCCCCUAAUCAUAGCUAUGGAGGACUUGACAUGACAAAAAAAAAAAUCCCAUCUAGAACAGAAAACAGUUGAACUUCUGAAAAUGAGUCUGCACUAAGAGUCUGGAUAAUUUAAUUUGAUUUUUCCUGUCUAGGACCACAAAUACAUGACUAUUACAAAGACAGUAUUACCAUAAUGCUAGAACAUUGCAAAAGAACUCAAGAUGUAAAAAUUUCACUAUGUUUGCAUCUGAUUUUUAUGGCAAAUUGUGGUGUGAGUGAAUUAUGUUGCUGUUAGACAGUUUUUAAAACACAAAAGAAAGAUGUAUUCAGUUCAUUUGGAAGUAUUCCAGAUGUGUUUUUUGGGUCUGUUAUCAGAGAAUUGUCUGGUCCCUGCUCAGCUGAUACUGAAUAUGUCAUUAGUAUGCAAGUGAUACAGGAAUAUAUCUGCUGUCUCUGAUUCUGAACUACUUUAAAUAGCCAUUGUUAUUCUCUUCAAUUAACUAUUUAUAAUGUAUACUUUGAAGCAAAUUCCAAAUAAAAAUGUGGAUAGAAGGACAUGUUAACAAGUAUAA